AAGGCUGAGAUACGAGAGGCUUAAAAUCCAACGGCCAGCAGAUCUCAUCCAGCCCUUUAUAUUCAUCUUAUUCAACCGAUUUUUAUCUCUCAAGCUCUGUGGCAGUGGCAGAAGGGUUUCUGGGGUUUACACUUUUCUGAUCGACAGUUCAAGAUGGUUCUCCAAAACGAUAUUGAUUUGCUCAACCCUCCAGCUGAGAUCGAGAAGAGGAAGCACAAACUCAAGCGCCUCGUGCAGUCUCCUAACUCGUUUUUUAUGGAUGUGAAAUGCCAGGGCUGCUUCAACAUAACUACUGUAUUUAGUCACUCGCAAACGGUGGUGGUGUGUGGAAACUGUCAGACAGUGUUGUGCCAACCAACUGGUGGGCGUGCAAGGCUUACAGAGGGAUGCUCUUUUAGGAGGAAGGGUGAUUGAAGAUGAAAGAUGACGAUAUAUUGCUUUUCAUUGGUAAAUGCAAGUAGAUUUCUUUUUAAAGGAUAGUGAUUUUGGCAAAGGAUCGGGAUCUCUUUAAGCCUUAAAUUUUUUAUUGUGUAAUUUUGUUAGCAAAUUAUCUCUACUUUGGUGUUGCUGUCGAAUCUGGUUUUAUGUGAUCUCAGAACAUGUUAUAUCUCUCACACUGAUAAUCUAUUGCUAAUUUUAUCCAA